AUGGGAGAAGACUACGAGAGUCGUACAUUCAGCGAACUGGUAGCAGGCGACGUUGGCAGAGCGGCGUUCCUGUCUGCGGACCGCACACGACUGCCGGAGGUCCGCGUGACCGGUCGCGGCUGCAACGAUGUGACCGGCUGUGAGUGCGGCAAUCAGCCGCUGCGGUCGGCCGUAUGUGCAGCCGUUCAAUCGCGCUGCUCAGCCACAAGACACUGUCUGCAGCCGGUCACACCGCAUGGAAGCUGUUGCUCUAUCUGUGGUGGAUACGUAAUUUUCAAGUAUGGAUCCUCAUUCAAUUUAGAAAUUUUUAAAAUAUAUCUUGAAAGAAAAUUUGCGAACAAAAAUGUCAACACUUUUGCAAGUAAAGUGGAUGGUGUAAUACAAGCAGUAUUUGUGGAGAGUGGCGAAUAUGAAGGGAACGUCGACGACUAUGUUAGAGAAUUGAAAGAGGCUGGUCAAGAUUUGGAGAGACUGGGACUAGAAUUCGUUCAGGAGUUUGCUUCAGGUCCAUAUGUAUCGCAAGCAUCGUUCACUAGUGUUCUUGGUCUCCUCAUUGGACUUCUAUUCCUUGCUCUGGCUGCUUUUGCAGUUAUCUUUUGCGUCCACUCAGAGCAAUGCAACGUGAAUAGCAGCGGACAGCGUCAAUAUUUGUUCGCGGUGUUUGAGAAUCAAGGUGAAGAAGUCGAACUGUGCAAACCUGCAGCUGAAACUCCUGUCGUUCCUCCCAGAAGGAGUCGGCAGGCCUUUGAUAAUCCUAUGUAUGGUGCGGCUGCUCAGGAUACUUUGACACCUGAUGCGAAUAGUUUGAAAGAAGGAGACGAUGGCGAUGUGGAUGAAGAAGAGAGAGGAGAUAACGCCGAUUUCCCAAGCAGCAUGAUGGAAAAUAAUCAUAUUUAUGCCACGAUGGAAACAAUCGAUCUUCUAGGGAAAUACGACCUAAAUAAUGAUGAACAAACUGUCGACGGAAAUGAAGCGCAUGAUUCAGGCUGAUUAACCUACACAAAACAUCUUUUGAAAACGUUAUCAACGAAAUUAAUGGUCCACUUUGGAAGUAAUCCAUUAUCCAUUCACUAUGAAAAUAACAACAAAUAACUAAAAAUGUUACAUUAUUCAUUGUAACUGGAAUAAAAAAGGGUAUAAGUAAACAUAUUAUUAUGUAAUUAAACUAUAUAAUUCUCUAAUA